GAUGCUAUCAGUGAGAUGGAUGAAUUCUUCACUCCAAUCCACACCUAUCAAGUCUGCAAUGUCAUGUCGCCAAACCAAAACAACUGGCUGAGGACUAAUUGGCUCCAGCGGAAUGGGGCACAUCGGAUAUACAUAGAAAUAAAGUUCACCCUCCGAGACUGCAACAGCAUGCCAGGAGUUGUGGGGACCUGCAAGGAGACAUUCAACCUGUAUUACUUUGAGUCUGACAGAGAUAUUGGUCCUCAUGUGUGGGAGAACCAGUUUGUCAAGAUCGACACAGUGGCAGCUGAUGAAAGCUUCACCAGUGUGGACCUGGGAGUGCGCAAGCUGAAAUUAAACACUGAAGUUCGUGGAGUGGGUCCACUGAAGAAAAAAGGCUUCUACCUGGCUUUCCAGGACAUAGGAGCUUGCAUCGCCAUAGUGUCUGUGAGGGUCUAUUACAAGAAAUGCCCGGCCACAAUUCGGAACUUGGCUGUAUUUCCGGAUGCAGUGACUGGGGCUGACUCCUCCUCCCUGGUCGAAGUUCAAGGUCAAUGUGUGGACCACAGUGAAGAGCGAGAUACGCCCAAGAUGUAUUGCAGUGCAGAGGGGGAGUGGCUUGUUCCCAUCGGGAAAUGCGUCUGCAGUGCUGGCUAUGAGGAGCAAAGAGAUAGUUGCCAAGCUUGCGAGCCUGGAUUCUUCAAGCCAAACUCAGGAGACCAGCUUUGCACAAGAUGUCCUCGUCACAGUCACUCAGACGUGAUGGGUGCUCUCUUCUGCCAGUGCGACCCCAACUAUUACCGAUCACCUUCUGACCUACCGUCUUCACCUUGUACCAGACCACCCACUGCUCCAGUAAAUGCCCUAUCCAGUGUAAAUGGAACCUCGGUAUUCUUGGACUGGAGCCCGCCUGCCAACAGUGGAGGGAGAAGUGACGUCCGAUACAACGUCAUCUGCAGGAAGUGUGCUUGGGAGUCAAGUCAGUGUGAAGCAUGUGGGAACCAGAUAAGAUACAGCCCAAAGCAGAUGGGAUUGACUGAGCCAGCCAUCAAUAUAGUAAACCUAUUGGCACACACCAACUAUACACUACAGGUUGAGGCAGUGAAUGGAGUUUCUGAUCUCAGCUUGGAGCCCCGGCAGUUUGUUUCACUUAAUAUCACCACUAACCAGGCAGCCCCAUCACAGAUCUUAGUUGUCAAGCAGGAAAACACAAGCCAGAACAGUGUAACGUUGAUGUGGCAUGAACCUGCCCAACCCAAUGGCAUCAUAUUGGAGUAUGAGAUCAAGUACUUUGAGAAGGGUAAGGAACAACAGAGUUACUCCACACUGAAAGCCAGGGGGACAAGUGUGACUGUCUCCAACCUGAAACCUGGAACCCGUUAUGUAUUUCAGGUGCGAGCGCGAACAUCGGCUGGGUGCGGCCGCUUCAGUCAGACUGUAGAGAUUGAAACUGGGAAAAUAGUCUCCCUCCGAUAUAAUACCACCACAAUAAUCUGGAUCUGCUUUGCUUUGGUGACGGGCCUGAUCAUUCUCCUUGCAAUGUUUAUCUGCAGGAAAAGGAGGUGUGGGUACAGUAAAGCAUUUCAGGACCCUGAUGAAGAAAAAAUGUAUUACCAAAAUGGACACCUCAGAUUCCCAGACCCAAAGAUCUACGUUGACCCUCACACCUAUGAAGACCCAGGUCUCGCUGUCCGAGAGUUUGCCCGAGAAAUAGAGGCAUCACGAAUAAAAAUUGAGAAAGUUAUUGGUUCAGGUGAAUUUGGUGAAGUAUGCUAUGGUCGCCUGAAAUUGCCAGCAAAACGAGAGAUCCCUGUUGCUUUAAAAACUCUCAAAGUAGGAUAUACGGAAAAACAGAGGCGGGACUUCCUGAGUGAGGCCAGUAUCAUGGGCCAAUUUGACCAUCCCAACAUCAUCCGACUGGAAGGAGUUGUCACUCGAAGUAAACCAGUGAUGAUAGUUACAGACUACAUGGAGAAUGGGUCACUGGAUUCAUUUUUGAGGAAACAUGAUGGACAAUUUACAGUGAUCCAGCUGGUCGGAAUGCUGCGUGGCAUUGCUGCGGGAAUGAAAUACCUGUCUGACUUGGGAUACAUCCACAGGGACCUCGCGGCUCGAAACAUCCUGGUGAACAGCAACUUGGUGUGUAAAGUGUCGGACUUUGGCCUGUCGCGGAUUUUAGAAGAUGAUCCAGAUGCAGCCUACACCACCACUGUACGGUAUUGCCAAGGAGGAAAGAUUCCAAUUCGCUGGACAGCUCCAGAGGCCAUUACAUAUCGCAAGUUCUCCUCAGCCAGUGAUGUGUGGAGCUACGGGGUGGUCAUGUGGGAGGUCACUUCAUACGGAGAGAGGCCGUAUUGGAAUAUGACAAACCGAGACGUGAUUAGAUCUGUGGAAGAAGGUUAUCGCCUUCCAGCUCCCAUGGGUUGCCCUGCUGCCCUGCAUCAGCUAAUGUUGGACUGUUGGCAGAAAGACCGCAAUGAGAGGCCCAAGUUCAUCCAGAUCGUUGGCGUGUUGGACAAGCUUAUUAGGAACCCCACCAGCCUCAAAAUCUUUGAGACCAUGAGCAGAAUGAACAGCCCACUCCUGAACAGAAAUAGCCCCAACUUCACAUCUUUUGCAUCUGUGGAUGAAUGGCUGGAUGUCAUUAAAAUGGGACGUUAUAAAGACAACUUUGCAGCUGCAGGUUAUUUAUCACUGGGUCUGGUAAUGAGAAUGAACAUGGAGGAUGUCCGAAGACUGGGAAUAACGUUGAUGGGACAUCAGAAGAAGAUUCUCAGCAGCAUCCAGAUCAUGAGGACACAACUAAUGUGUGCAAAUGGCCCAGGUAUACAUGUAUAGCCACAAAGAUGUCAUUUCAGAAUGUACAGUAGCUCAGAACUGAUGGCACAAUGGAAUCAAAAUGCCUGCACAGCGAACCUUUACAAUCUUGCCUUUAAUACAAAAUGUAAAAGAUUUACAAAAGCAAAAGAUGGGUACUGCCUCUCUCAUGGGAGAACCUCUUGAAAAUCGUACCAUCAUUAUCAAUCAUAUUAUGAAGAUCUCCCUAAAGUCAGUGAGUUUCUCCAGAAAACUGGGCCAUGCCUGGAUGUGUAACAGCGCUGUUCUUGACUUGCUGGAUGAACCUACUGCUGAGCCAACCGGGCAUGGGAGAGCUGUGGAAAAUGGAAUAAGUACAUACUCUGCCAGAACGUCACCAAGGAAGAGAUGGUCUAGUAUUGAGGAAGUGGUCUACGGGGGAAUGACAUAGCCCCAGUUAAUACUGCCAGCAACUGUGGAAAUAUCGCAGGACAGCUCCGACCCUUAUGAUGAGAUGGAACUCAAUCUGAAAGAUGCUGCCCAUCUUUUUUGAGAAAUUCUGAAGCGGAGCUCAAUUUUAAUAUGCAGCUCUGACAAGGAUGUUAAUGAGGAAUUUGACUGAUGGCUUAAAAAUAAUUAAUUUUCAAAACAUAAAAAAAGAUUUAUUUGUUUCUUCUCCACUGAGUGAUAGUUUGAACAGUGCAGACUCUUUACUGUUGUCCUUUUGCUUGGUGCUGUAGUUUUAAGAUGAUGUGAGAUUCUGACCGGGAAACUAUUCGACCUGCUCAGAGAGCAGGAUUAGGAUCUGAAAGAAGUGUGUCUGAUCUGUGUAUUUAUCAGUAAAUCAUACAUAUUACAUCACACCAGUCUACAAAUUGCAGCCUCUCCUCUUAUUAAGAUAAUUACACUCUUCUAGAC